AUGGGCUCAGUCGAGGUCCUUGUUCCGUCUGAUCUCUUGGGUCCAAAGCCCCCAAAGGCGACGCUCGAGUCUAAUAUUUCUCUGGCCUCUAAACCCAAUGACCUUCCCUUCGACCCUGACGCGUUGAAGCGGAAGUACCUGGAGGAACGUGAUAAAAGGUUAAAGUACGGCCAAGAGAAAGGUGGUAUCAACCAAUAUCGUCUUGUCGAGCACGAUGGCCCUUUUGCCCACUACCUCAAGGAUCCAUGGGUAGAGCCUGGUUUCCAACGAGAUCCGAUCGACGAGGAAGUCGACGCUGUUAUUAUCGGCGGCGGAUAUGGCGCUCAGCUCGUGGCCGUUCGGCUCAUUGAAGCUGGCGUCACCAACUUACGCAUCAUUGAGAAAGCAGGUGACUUUGGAGGGACCUGGUAUUGGAAUCGAUAUCCGGGUGCUCAAUGCGAUAUUGAAUCGUACAUAUACAUGCCUCUGCUCGAAGAGCUAAACUACAUGCCGACGGAGAAGUACGCCAGAGCCAACGAACUCUUGAAACACGCUGAAAUGAUCGGCCGUCGCUGGGGUUUGUAUGACAAAGCAUUGUUCCAGACCGAGACGCAUAGUCUGGAGUGGGACGAGAAGACUUCGCUAUGGACGGCAAAGACCAAUUGGGGCGAUACAAUCCGGACAAAGUACGUCAUUCCAGCUGCUGGACCUCUACAUCGUCCAAAGCUUCCCGGCCUCGAGGGGAUCGAGUCUUUCAAAGGUCACUCUUUCCAUUCUUCUAGGUGGGAUUACAACUACACCGGCGGUGACACUACAGGUAACCUCCAUAAGCUUUCCGACAAACGUGUAGGCAUCAUCGGCACCGGUGCAACUGCCGUUCAAAUUGUGCCUCAUUUAGGAAAAUGGGCCAAGGAGGUAUAUGUCUUCCAACGGACGCCGUCCUCGAUCGACGUUCGCGGAAACCGGCCAACUGACCCCGAGUGGGCCGCAUCGCUCAAGCCAGGCUGGCAAAAGGAGCGCAUGGACAACUUUAACAUUAUCGUCAACGGCGGCAUCGCGCCCGUCGACCUCGUCAACGACGGCUGGACGGACAUCUUACAUAAGCUGCUCGCACGUUGGCAGCCUACAGUAGACAAUGAGCCCGCUGACCCGGCCAAAGCCGCAGCGCAGCGCCAGAUCGCAGACUAUGAGAAAAUGGAGUCUGUUCGGGCACGCUGCGACGAGGUAGUCAAGGAUCCUGUGACCGCAGCAGCCUUGAAGCCGUGGUACAACCAGCUGUGCAAACGACCAUGCUUUCACGAUGAAUACCUGGAUGCAUUCAAUCGGCCCAACGUGCACUUGAUCGACACGGCGGGCAAGGGCGUCGACGCCAUCACUGAAACGGGGGUCGUAGCCAAUGGUCAACUCUACGAACUCGACACCCUCAUCUACGCGACAGGCUUCGAGCUGGCGACUGAAUGGAGCCAUCGCUCCAACAUGGAAGUAACGGGGCGCAACGGCCAGACCAUCACCGAAUGCUGGAAAGACGGCUCGCGCACCCUGCACGGCUGGACAACGCGCGACUUCCCCAACUGCUUCUGGGUGCAGAUUGUACAGGCCGCACUGUCUCCCAACUUCCUGCACGUGACGGGGGAGCAGGCUGAACAUAUUGCGUACGUGAUCUCCGAGUGUCAAAAGCGCGGCGUCAGGACGGUCGAACCGACCGCGGAGGCCGAGGAGGAUUGGAUCAACACGAUCCUGAAGAUGGCCAUGCUGCGCGCCGAAUUCCUCUCUGGGUGCACACCGGGUUACUAUAACAACGAGGGCACGAGCAUUCCGGGGGCUGCCAGGAAUGCCAGUUACGGGGGUGGUGCGCCGGCCUUUCUGAACUUGUUGAAGGAGUGGAGGACCAAGGGAGACUUAGAGGGCCUAGACUUGAAGUUCAACGAGGAAGCGACCACAUCAUGA